CUAUAAAAAAGAGGGUUGAUAGGGGCCUAAAAGAAAUAAUAAAAAAAAUGGGGUUGGUAGAGGCGUUUGGAUGGUAACGGUGGGGGUGUUGUUUUGAAGAAUGCGAAGACCGAUUUCUAUGGAAGCAUUUUUUUCUGCAGCGAAUGAGAGAGUGGCCUCUGCGGGAGCAUUUUGAGAGGUUGUAGAAUGGAGGCGGUUGGACACAUGGGGGCAAGGUCUGCGUCUGCAUUAGCAAGGUCUCUGCACAGCAGAAAUGGAGAGACCUGUGGCCAUCAUCGCCGCAGUGGGAGCUGCGGCUGCGUCCAACUUCUGCACUCUGUAGCAGCUGCUUGUCGUGCCCAGCCGUGGUCCUGGCAGAAAAGCAGGCAGACACUGUCGGGAGGCUUACCAGAUGUGAAGAAGCUAGUUCAUAUGCAGAGGACGAGAAGUAAGAUGGAAAGCGAAAGGGAAACCAAAAAAAAAAGAGGUAUAGGAAUACUAGGAGUGAUUAAAGGAAAAGAGGGAGCAAAACGCGAUGACGAUCUUUGGAUAGGAUUGAUGAGCAAUGAGGAAGUACAGACGAGGUUGACGAAACAGUCAUGGAGAGUUUCUGCGACGGAGUCCGUUGUCGAUCGCAGUAAUGACAAUUCAGAAGGACCAGGAUCAACCACAUCCAGGAGCCAGUAUCGGGUCUCUAGCAACGACUUUGUGCAGAGAGAUGAUGGAUGGUUGGAGAAGCAGCAGCAGCAGCAGCAGCAGGAACAGGAACAGAAGAAUAAGAAGAGUGAGCAGGCACAUCAUGGGGUGCUGCCGAGUAGUGACAGGCUAUGGAGCAAACGGAGAAGGAAAGAGGAGAAAAGGCAACAUAGCUGGUUGGUUGAGACAGUCAUCCGCGUAGUCAAGAAUGCAAGAUUGCUCUUGUUGGAAGAAACGUUGGGAAGGGUCAAACUGAAGAGGGCACUAAGAAAGUAUCAGAACAUGCUGGGUCCGAGAGAGUUGUGUAUAGUACUCAAAUCGCUUGACGACUGCAAAGAGGCUGCCAUAUUUUUUCAGUGGAUGAAGAGUGUGCCGUAUUACAGGCCAGACCUGUUUGCAUACACAAUUAUGAUUGCUGCGUACGCGAGAGAUGGGAAGAUGGCAGAUGCAGAAAGGCUUAAGCAGGAAAUGGAACGACAUGGUUUCUUGCCGGAUGCGAUCACAUUUGGGUCGUUAAUUUUGGGAUAUGGACGGCAAGGUAUGCUGGCUGACGCAGAGAGACUUUACAUCGAGAUGAGGGCGAAGGAAUUCGUACCCGACACUCGGACAUACACAACCUUAAUGAACUUGUACUCCAAGGCAGGUCGGUGUAAUGAUGCCAUGACAGUGUUCUGGGGGAUGGAAGCUGGUAUCGCAGUGAAGAGGGGGGCAACGGCAGUGACAACGAUGAAAGCAACAAUUACUACUGCUGCUACUGCUACUGCUACUGCUACUGCUACUACUACUUGUCUUCAUCAUAGUAUUAAUGAGCGUAUGGAGGCGGAUGCACUUGUGGUAAAUGCAAAGGCAGGAGGGACUGUCAAAGAUAUCACAGAUUUGCAUUUGCAUUUGAGAAAGGACAAAUGGGAUGAUGUCGGAGGCCAUGGAGAGGUUGGGGGGACUGCUCUGCCAUCCCCUUCAGUGGGCAGAAGGACUAGUGUUCCUUCGUUGUUGACGUAUUGCAUUGCCCUGGAAGCAUGCCGAAGCGGGAAAAUGUAUGCACAAGGUGUCCGUGUGUUUGAGAGGCUGCUGCUCAGAGGGAUAAAGCCUGAUGCUGCGGCGUUCACGACAGGGAUGAACUUGUACAUGAAGACAGGACAACAUCGGAAAGGAGAGAAGGUAUACCAACUUUACAAGAGCUGGGGAAGGUCUCCGAGCACCUCCAUGUAUAGCACAAUGAUAAACCUUUAUGGCCAGAUUGGCGAGUUCGGCGCUGCUGGAAUGAUCUGUGAAGAGAUGAGGCGAUCUGGAUGCGAGCUUGAUGAGCCUGCAUAUUGCACUAUGCUGCAAUUGUACGGAAGAACAAACCAGGUGGAUGCAGCUAUGGAACUUUUUGAAAACAUGAGGAAAUUAGGAAAAGCGAUGAACCCCAAAACAUGGGUUACUAUGAUGAGCAUAUGUGAGAGAACAGGACGGUACGAGGAUGUCUGGCGUGUCUUCGAUGAAUCUCAGAAGCAUUGUGCUGAUGUUGACGGUGGCAGUAAGAUCUGUGAAAACCCACAUGCUUACUCUGUGCUCCUGAGGGCCUAUGCUAAAGGGGGGCGAGUUGGCGAAAUAGUGAGCAUGUUGAAGGAGGACAAAGGAGAUGGAGGGCUGCUUAGCCUAGCAGGAGGAGGACCCAAGGGUUCAUUUGCUGGCGUGCGGCCUGACCGUGUGAUGCUGGGGGGACUCCUUCAUGCGCUUGUGCAGGCAGGACACUGCGACGAAGCCAGCACCUUGGCCGAGGAGAUUAGGACAUCCGGGUUGGAGCUUGACAUUCCUUUGUAUAUUUCGUUGGCGAAGUUGUAUGUCAAGAUGGGGCGACACCAGGAUGCGAUUGAUUUGUAUGAGGGGAUGAAGACUGUCGGGAUUCGCGUGUGUCCAGCAAUGGCAGACAUCAUGAUUCACAUGCACGCUCAGCUGCAUCAGUUUGAUAAGGUGGAGAGUGUCUUCCGUGAUGCGGAUGUGCAUGAUAGGUCUCUAUGGAUGACGAUGGCGAACGCGUAUGGUGGGGCAGGGAGGUGGAAAGACUGCGAGGGCCUGUUGGAGCGAAUAAGGAAUGAGACAGGCACAGUUCCGUGGACAGGGAUUCUAAACAGGGUGAUGAAAGUGUUGAUGGAAGCAGGCGAAUACGAGAGAGCAAAGCUCAUUGCUCGCUUGAUGAAAAGGCAGCGCAUCCAUGAGAUGGAUGUGGAAAGCCUUGCACUUUUGGUGGAGCUGCAUGUACGUGAUGGAAGGCCGGAUCGUGCCGUGCGAGCAUGGGAGCGUUCCAAAUUGGACGGCCGGGAAAUACGCACUCACACAUACAAUCUGAUCAUCAAGGCACUAGGGGACGGCGAAAGGCUUCAAGAAGCGAUGCGUGUAUUUGAGGAGAUGGAAGCUCUGGGUGUAAAACCUGACGCAGUGACCUGCAGCACAGUCUUGGAUGUGUACGGCAAGGCUGGCUUGCUGGAAAGUGGCGCCGCAUUGGUCAAUCGUCUCAGGAAAGAACAUAAGGUGGAUCUUGAUCCCCCAGUUUUCAACACUCUUAUCAAAUGGUACCUGAAGGGUGGAAACAAGAGGAAAGCAAAGGAAAUACUGAAACACAUGGAGGAUGGAAAGCUGCCACCGCCUUCCCAAGCGACGUAUACGACUUUGAUAUGCCAUUUUGCAAAAAAGGGUCUUUGCAAAGAAGCUCUCAAUAUGCAUAGGCGGAUGGUCGGCAGAGGCAUGAAAGGGGAUGAUGUUGGAAGCUGGGUGUCGCUGAUUCAUUGCUGCAAUAGAUCACGUGAACCUGAGAUCGCUCAGAGAGCAGUCAAACUCUUUGACGGAAUGGUUGCAGCGGGGCACCGCCCUCCAAAAUGUGUGUUCACUGCCCUUGUCAACAUUCAUGGGCGAGCCGGCAAUACUGAAAAGGCGGAAGAAGCCUUCAGAGAGAUGGAAAAGGAAGGGCAUGUAGCUGAUGACGUAGCUUAUCUGUCUCUGAUGAAUGCAUACGUGAUUGGCAAGCAGUGUGCUAAGGCUGAUGCACUUCUGACGCUGAUGCGUCAGGCAGGCAUUCAGCCUGACGUACGGCAUUACACAGCAGUUAUGGUGGCCUACGGAAGAUGUGGGCUCAUGGGGUCAGCAAUUGAAAUGUGGGAGAAGAUGGCGAGAGACGGCUGUUCGAGAGAUGUUGCAGCCUACAGAGCCAUCAUGGCACUCUGUGCACAGGCUGGAAGGGUUGGAAAAAUUCAACAGCUGUGGAGGGAGAUGGAGGAAGCGGGUGUUUCGGUCGAUAACAAGUUGUAUCGGAACGUUGUGCAGGUUUUAAAGAGAGCAGGAAUAAGCAAAGACGUUCUUGACAUGGAAGGUGGAGGAGUGGAGGUGGCCGUGGGGUUAUUGGAGUUGUUUAUGCGGGAGGCAGAGGAGGUGACUGUGGCGCGGGUUGGGGUGCUGGAUUUGGUGUUGGUGGCGGUGGUGGUGCUGGUGUUGGUUGUGCUGGGGGCGGCGAUGCAGUUGUCGGCGAUGAGGGUGGCGGGGCUGGCACUGGCGGCAGUGUUGGUUGAACUGGUGGUGACGCCGUUGGUGACGAGGGUGGCAGGGCUGGCUUUGGUGGUGGUAGCGGUGGAGGUGGUGCUGAGGCUGUCGUUGAUGAGGGUGGUGCGGCUGGCUUUGGUGGUGGUAGCGGUGGAGGUGGCGGUGAGGCUGUUGGCGAUGAGGAUGGUGGGGCUGGCUUUGGUGGUGAUAGCGGUGGAGGUGGUGCGGAGGCUGUCUGUGAUGGGCGUGGUGGGGUUGGCUUUGGUGGUGGUGGUGGAAUGGGUGGUAAAGUUGUCUGUGACGACGAUGGUGGGGCUGGCUUUGGUGGGGGUGGUGGAGCCGAUUGUGUUGUGGGUGGGGCAACUGGCUUUGGAGGUGGGGGGGGUGAGAGUGGCGGGCUUGACGGUGGUGCGGAUGGUGGAGUUGGCUUUUGUGCAGGAGGGGGUGGAGUUGGCUUUGGUGGAGGUGGUGGUGCUGGACCUGGCUGUGGUGGGAGUGGUGGAGCUGUUUUUUCUGGUGCCGGCACAACUGGCUUUUGUGGAGGCGGUGGGCCUGACUGUGGCUGCGGCGGCGCAGGGGUUGGCACUUGUGGUGGUGGCGGAGCCGCAGAACCACUCGAUGCUGCAGGCUUCGGUGGCGCAGGGGUUGACACCUGUGGUGGUGGCGGAGUAGUGGAAGCACCCGAUGCUGCCACACCU